AUGACUAAAUUCCAAUUUAAUUACUUAACCAAUAAACUAUCGCGCUUUGACCCAACUAAUCCGAAAUAUUCUUACAUUAUCCCCGAAGAAAGAACCUUUACCAGCCAGUUUGGUGGUCAGGCUUUUGGCUUAGAACCAG